GACUCUUGGUGGCUGCACAUCGACUACUACUGGGAAAAGGCUGCUGAGGAUGCAACAUGGAAGAGUGUCAUCAACGAGGACUUGGCCAUGAAGUUUUUGCAGCGGACGGAUGUAGGCGAGCAGCUCAAUGAGGAGGGCAUUGAGUUCGUGAAGACACUUCCAUGUCCACCUGCUGGCGACGACGGCUCUAGGAAGCAUGGUCGUGGCCGUGGCCGAUCUUAG